AUGCGCGCCCUCUCCGCGAGCUCCAGCCGGGGCUCUCGCGCCAUCGGCCGCUCGUGUCGCGCCCAUGUCGCGACUCCGCUGAUCCGCCGCCGAGCCAUCCACAUCAGCGAGGCGCCCUCGUCGUCCACGCCUAGCUUCGACCAGGACGUCUCCGCCGCCGCCAGCUCCACUCCGGACGCCCGCUUCGAGGUCAUUGGCUCGCCCUACUCGCUGCUGUCCGUUUCGCUGUCCGCUUCGCAAAACCUGUACACGCGCCGCGGCACCCUCGUCGCCGUCAACGGCAAGGUCGAAAAUGCCGUCUCCAGCCUUUCUGUCCUCGAGCCCUUCCGCCGCGCCCCGCUGGCCAUUCCGUUUCUCUACCAGAAGCUCUCCUCGACGAGCCCCAUCACCGCCUUGAUCUCUUCCAAAUCGCCCGCCACGAGUUUCGCCGUCGUACACCUGGAUGGUCGCCUCGAUUGGCUGGUCGCUCAGAGGCAAGCUCUGCUGGCAUGGACCGGCCACGCGCUCUCCGUCAAGCCUCGCAUGAACACAAAGAUGAGCUUGGCCCACUGGGGUAAUUCUCACGUUACCGGCAGAGGUCUGUUGGCUCUGGUUGGCAAGGGCCAAAUCUACCAGGUCCACCUCAAGGCUGGCGAGGAAUACGUUGUGCACCCGAGCAACGUCCUCGCAUAUACCAUGACCGCGAACCCGCCGCUCCCCUACCGCUUCAAAUCGACGUCCCUCCGCUUCCAGGUCCCUAGCUUGACUGGACUUUUCCCGAACACCAAGUUCUUCGAGGAUAUGCGGAAAACGCAGGCGUUCAAGACUUUGGCCCAGUUCCUCUUCACGCUCCGCACCUGGACGAGAAGAACGAUAUGGGGCGACAGGUUAUUCCUCCAAUUCCGCGGCCCCUCCACCAUCCUCGUCCAAUCACGAGCCGGCCGUUUGACCGAUUCCCUUACGACCCGUGACGUAAAUGAAAUCGCCGAUGUACCCGCGGGAGCUGUGCAAGAGGCUGUUACGCUGGACAUGCGGAAAGAAAGUGGCCACGGUUCGACUACUACGGCUGCUGAAGAGGCGGAAGCGCCGAAGGAGAAGGUACAGGUGGGUUCAGACGGAAAGUCCAAGACAGGAGAACAGGCGGAUGGCAAAAGUGCAUAG